GGUCUUAGCUGUCUUAUUUCACAGAUUACAGAUCAGUUCGCCGUGGAGUGCGGCAGUGUGUGGGUGUGGUGCGUGUAAUUGGUGGUGGCCCGUACGGCCGAAUAAUGGCGGAACGGACAAAAGUGACGGCUCCAGCGAGCCGGCCAGUGCCAAUGAAGCUUUUUGCUACCUGGGAAGUUGAUCGUACACCACCUAAUUGCAUACCCAGAUUAUGCACAUUGACCCUUACACGGCUUGUGAUUCUCCGGCCUCUCGGCGCAGAUCUGGCUUCCAUCAGCAUUGCAGUUAAGAUGCAAAGUUCUAAAAGGACAUUACGGUCAAACGAAAUGGCGAUUCCAUCUGGCGGUAUACUGGACACUGAUCUCGAGUUACAGUUUGCCCUUCAGUAUCCACAUUUUCUGAAACGCGACGGCAAUAAAUUACUUAUACUCCUGCAGAGAAGAAAGAGAUACAAAAACCGUACAAUGUUGGGCUACAAAACACUAGCAGAGGGUGUAAUAAAUAUGGCUCAAGUCUUGCAGAAGCAAAUGGAUCUCGAGCUGGAGCUGGUAUCAGAUAAAGCGGAAAAAUACGGCGGGCAUUCAGUGGUAUUGGCCAAAGUAAAUGUUAUUGCGUUGAGUUCACAGCCAGUUGAUCAGGACAAGAGGCUGCUCAAUGAUCCAAGUGAGAGACUCGGUCCAGAGUACAGCGACGAAGAAGAAGAGUUCAGCUCUGAAGGUGAAGCUGAGGGUAGCGACAGCGAGCCGACUUUAGAAGUCCACAGGCGGAAAAAUCGAAACAAAAUUCCUCCAAAUGCUCGACAAAGAAACUUGAAGCAAAAGUUUAUUGCUCUACUCAAGCGGUUCCGAGUUUCAGAAGAGCUAGAACACGACCAAGAAGAGAUUGGACAAAAGUUGUCGGGUGGUGACAUGGAAAUUGAAGAACUCUUUGAUGAGUUAGAGGACUUGUCGGAUAGUGGCCCUGAGUUGGAUACCAUGUCUGUUAGCAGUACUCCAAAGCCAUCACUGCGCCCGUUCUUCAGCUCUAGUCGUUCGCUUCUAGCACCACCUCAUCCUGUAGUUACCAGAGAGGACUCUGCCACAAACACAACAACAACAACAGCGGCAGCAGCAAAUGUAUGCCAGUCAUCAUCAGGCUCAGCUGUCAAAGAAAAAACACGUGUGGGACAUACAACCCCAGAGAGGGGCGGUGACAGACAGAGUGACGAUAGCUCAAGACGAGCGGACAGCGACUCGCAUCCCGAAAACUGGACCGACCAUGAGGCCAAUGAUGCGCCGAGUACGGUCGCGGGUUCACCUCCCAAAUCAGAGCCGCAGCAUCAUCAGCACUCGAAUAAAAGUGAAAAUACUGAUAGAAGGAGUAGGCUCUUUGCCAGGGACCGGGGCACGCCUGGAAGUAAUAAAUCUAAAAAGCAUAGUCUGAGUGUUGAUCUUAAGCCGUCUGUUGAGCUAAACAAUUCCGAGCCGCGAAAAGCCCUAGUUGAGCAAUUGAGCCGAGUACUGCCCGAUGACUCAUUACCGGAAGCAGUAUCUCUAGUUUCUCUAGCAGAUCCUGGUGGUGCUGUGCUAGCAGCUCGGCUUCAAGAACGUAAUCUGCGAGUUCUCACAACUGCUUCGCCGGCGGAUAUCCGCGCGACCUUCACCUGCUUAAUCGCUAGGAUACAAAAAUUUUGUAAUAGCUCGGCGAAACCACCUGCGCCAAUAAAAGUUGUGAUAGCAGGUGGAGACAGCUUUGUUAACGCCGUUCUUAGGCAUUACGUAGAUCUAUUGAGCUUCAGACCACCAGAUUGGCAAAAUUACUUGAGAUUUCUAAUAGUACCACUGGGUUCAAACUCACUGUCCAAGUACCUCGGGUCUGUGGACAGUAAAUACUCGAUGCUGUUUGGCGAAGAGUGGCGAGAAUUGUUGGAACGUGAAGCGAGCGGGGCGAGUGAAGGCGCAGCUCGUGUAUCAGAAUACUUAGCAACGACCGGGCCCACACUUUUAUUACCAAUUGCCGAGGCCAUGGUCACAUAUAGGGAGACAGACGACAGCAGUCAAAUAUUCAUUCCAUUUGUAAAUGAUGUGCGCGUCGGGUGUCCUGACAGCAGCAGUUCCGCUUCAGUUGACCUUGAGGAAGGUGCAGCAGUAUCGUCGGGGUCACCACCAUCCUUGCCGCCGCCCAGUCUGGCGAUACCACCACCCGGUAAAUUAACUCCGCCGAGCAGCCCAAAUGUCAGUCAGCCACGAGACGGCUGGGAACCCGUUGAACUUCAACUUGACUACUGGAGCAAACCUGCACUUGGUGAUAAAGGAAAAAGUACACUUCGUCAAGCUUUCAGAGCAUUGCACGUGCAGAGAUUACCGACAGCGGGAGAAAAUCCCGGGCCGUAUCUCUCUAUGAAUUACACGACAAAGGAAAAGAAACAGAAAAUAAUGAGACUGGGUAAGAAAAAAGAAAAAGAGAAAGAGAAUGAGCCCAAGAGCCAGGCAGUGGAUGGCGUGACUCGACUAAUUUGCUCCGCUAAAACUCACAACAUUCCAUGGAGAGUAACCAUCGACGGAACUGAAUGGUACGGCGUUAAAUUCUUCCAACUCUCGGCGCAGUGGCAGACGCACAUAAAAACAUUUCCGGUUGCAAUGCUUAUUUACAACCCGCUGCAACAAACCCCAAGUCUCACCUGAACUUCUAAGUCUCCCUUUUAAAUGCUUAACUUAUUCCAUAAUUUAUUUAUAAUUUUAAAUUCGUUGGUAUCGAUUUAGCCGUUCGUCACAUUGAUUAAUUUAAAGGCCUGAGGGAAAUCUCCCGGUGAGUUUUAAUGAUGAGUUUGUGGUAAUUUCGUUUCGUUUUUUUUUUUUUUUUUUCCAAUAACGAGUUUUAUUAACACGUAAUGUGGGCUUUAAAGCUCUUGACUAUGACUCGACAACGAGUUUUCCUAAGACUUCUUUUAUGUUUAUUUUGUUUUUUUAUUUUAUGAAUUAUAAAUUGGCUCAAAGCCGUUUUUCUAAUUAUAUUUUUCUUCCUAAUAUACUUUUAAAGUAUCAUUUUAAAUUAUAAAUAUUUUUUUAACUCUUGCAUACGCUAACUAAAUAAAUUCAAAAUUUUUUCCAACGAUGCUAGAGAGUAGAGUUAAAAAAAAAGUCAUUCCUUUAUUAAAUUGACUAUUGAUCUAAAAAAAAAUAUUACUGUAGGUACGUCUGCUCAUUUUUGUGUAGAAAUUUAUAAGCAAAAAAAUUAGAGUAAAUUUCAUUACUUGCUAACAAUUAUUUUGAGCAACGUAGCGGUUGCAGUGACUGCCUAAUGCCAAAUUAAAUGAACAAAUAAUUUAAAAUUAUCAACUUGUUAGCCCACCUUAUAAAUCACUCAGCUGAUAAAUUUAUUGUAAAAGAAUAUCGAUUAAUUUUUUUAUUUUUCGCUCACAAACCCCAUCAACUUUUUAAUUAAUUAUUGCUAGUCGUUUUAUUUUUAACCAUAAUAUAUAAAGUUUUUAUUAAUUAUCUGCUUUAUACGGUUCAGUUGGGCUUAAUAAUUAAAAAAUUAAUAGAACAAAAUAGUUAAUUAUAUAUAAAUAAAACAAUUGUGGAAUUGAUGUGAAUAAUAAAUCAGAAAAGGCCAUGAUGUACUUGAGCGACUGCCUCAUCGUUUAAUAGCUGAGAUAAUUUUCAGCAACAAAACCUGCCAUCUGACUAGUAUGAAUAUCCAUCGCUCUAUUAAUGCAACCAUAUAUAUAUAAUAUAUAAAAAUAUUAGAUAAGUGUGACGACGAUUGUUGCUGAUAAAUUAUCGCACAAAAAUUUCUUUUUUUUAUUUCUCUAAUAUAUAUAUUUUCAAUUUAUUUUUUAUUAAAUAUAUGUUGUAGUACAUCAUCAUUAUUAUUAUUUUAUAUUUUUAAAAGAGGAUUAAACCCUCGCGAAAUGGAGUUUGCAAUAUAAAUAAUUUAUUUUAAAAUAUUGGACCGCGUGAAAAAAAUUUAAUUUCAAUUUAAAUCUCUGGUAAAAAGAAUAUUUAAUUUUGAAAAUAUGUUUAACUAAACGCUGGUUAUAUUUUACAUAUAUAUAUAUAAAAAAUCCUUUUUUUCUGUGUAUACAUAUGUAUAUUUCUUAUCGCGUGCUCGACCCAACGGUUAAUGGUUAAACGAACCAUUUAUCGAACGGAUAUAUUCACCAAUUACGAUAAUAAUUAUAAUUUUAAAUUACUCAUUAUUCUAGUCAUAAAUCAAUAAAAGUCAUUUUUUUUUAAACAGAAUUAAUUGAAAUAUUAUUUGAAUGUUAUGUAGAACUAGAAAUUUUUUGUUCAUAUAAAGAUUGGGUCCGCGAGACCUUUUUUGGACGGGGGUCGCAAGCACGUGGUCAAAAGACAAAGAAUAAUUAGAAGAAAAAAGAUAUAUGUAAUUUUUUUUUGUUACAAAGUGAGUUUUACAGGGCUAUAGAGGCAGCCCAAGCUCAAAAGCCUACAAUAAUUAAAGACAUAAUGGUAAUAAUAUAUUCAAAUUGAAUUUUUAAUUUAGUUUAUUAAUUAAUAAUAAUAAAUAAUUAAUAAAUAUAUGUAUGAAAAAAAAAAAAAAAAAUUGUUUAUAGAACUAGGAGUCUUUAUUGUGUUUACAAAGGGAUGUCAAGCUGUACAUGUACAGAUAAUUAUAUAUUAAUAUAUUAUCAAAAAUAUUAGAGAGUUUAAUUAAAAGAAGGCUGUUAAUAUUUCGAUUGAAAAAAAUAAUAAUGAAAUUUCUUUUUUUUUUAUUUUUUACUUUUUAAAACUGAGGGUUUAAGCUCAAAAUUAUUAAUAAAAUGAAAAGCAUAUCUCGUGUCUAUUUUAUUUGUCUGCACAAUUGAUGAUUCUGUCGCGGUGUCAUGGAAGAAAUAAUAAUUGUGUGUUAUUAUUAUUAUUAUUAUCAUUAAUGUGAAAAAUAAUGAAUAUAAAAUAUAAUGUAAUGUAAAGGAAAAAGACGAUAAUGGAUUACAAGUAAUGAUUGAUAAAUGUGUGUGGUCCCUUAUCAAUUGUCAUCGAUAGUGGGACAGAAUAUCUGAAAGUGCCUACUUAUAAAAAAAUAUUUGCAAUGUAAUCACCGUUACCAGCGACGAGCUCUUUGUAAUGUAAAGAUUAUUGCGAAAAAUAAAGAACUGAGUGCUUGUGUGAGUGAAAGAGAUUAAAUUGUUGUAUGGGAUAAGAAGAAAAAUGGAAAAAAAGUCGGUAGCGCACGUUCGGCGGUAAAAUUAAUUGAAAUAAUAAUUAGAUGUGAAGCCUGAUUUAAUUCAACUCCCGAUUAUUUAUAUAAUAAAAUAUGAAAUACCUGUAUGUGAUACAUAAUUUUAAAGGUAAUGUUCAAACUGCGGAUAUUAUUGUUAAUUAGAGUAGAAAUUUCUUGUGCCCUGGGCUCGUAUAGAUAAUAAUUAUCACUAAAACUAAUAUUAUUUUUUUAGCCCGGUUGAAAUUGUAAAAUAAGUUAUUUUUUUGUUAUUUCUGUUAUUUUUACUUUGUAGAAAAAAAUAAAUUGAACAAUUAGAUGUUUUUUAAAAAUGUGAUAUUAAUUAAAAAUCAUUUCUGAUGAUUUUUUUUGCUCUUUGGUUUAAGCUUUAAUUAUUAAAAAAAAAUAUAAAAACAAAACUGUUACACUUUUAUUAAUUAUUAGGUAAAUUAUAAACUAAGCUGUGGAAUUAAUUAAAAUGUCAUUAUGCUCAGGACACAAGUGUAUGCAAUUUUAAAACGAACAUAAUUAAAAUAUGUAUUUUAAAAUGAAAGAAAAAAAUCCAAAAGGAAAUGAGUAUCGGAAGUGGUAUGUUUUAAUUAUAAAAUAUUAAUGAUAAGAAGUAUAGUAACCGAGGCGUAAUGAUUAAAUUUAAUUUUAAAAUAAAAGCAUAUGUUGUUGAUGUUUGUAAGCUUCUUGAAAUAUAAAUGUAACGCAUUUUUUUUUACUAC